AGUUGUGCUCAGCUUUGCCAACUUGUAGGCGUUCUUCACCGAGCCUGAUUGGCCUCUCAGCCAACCGGUCAGUCGCAAGUCACCGACUUCCCUCAAACAGAAACUUCCAGGUUAGAAAGUGGAAAAGUGAGGCGGCCGAUGUGUGCUCUCAGUGCUCCUGUGCUCUGCCAAGCCUGGCACUGCUGCCUGUCAUCCAUCCCCUUUCCCAAUUCCCAAUUCCCAAUUUUCACUCGACAUCGGCUCCCUCUCUCCCAUUUCACUGCACAAGUCAUUUUGAGACGACAUCAUUGACGAAAACGCUUGCCUGGAAUUCCAUUGUUUGAUCAUCCCACUCCAACAACCUUGAUCUCCGUUCGUCGCCCUCCUACCAUCACCAGCCCGCGCCCGCCCAUUCACAACUAGUGGCAAUGUCUGGCUAAGUCGGGCAACUCCAGCUCUUGCACCGUGAACUGCGCCCGACGACUGCGGUCUUUUGACAAACACUGACAGAAUCGGGUGUAUUUCUUUCGUCCACAACCACCUUAACUUGACGACAUACGUUCUCACGAUUGCCUCGUCGAAUAAUACAAGUCGUCCAGGCAGUCAUCACGGGGGGCCGGCAUCAUGUCGCAGCUUCCGCGGUACUCUUUCGCCCACCUGGCCGAGCAUGCUCCCACCUCUGACUCGUCCCAAAUGGCGGGCAUGACCAGGCCAUCGGGGGUUGGUAUCAACAACUACUCAGCAUAUGCCAUGAUGCAGGACAAUCUGGGCGGCUUGAGUACCUAUGGCAACAGACAUGUCCCGCCGCAAAACAUGAUGGCAAGCACGUUGAACGCCAGCGAUUUCUUGAAGAAUUACCGUAUUGUCAAAAACUCUCAAUUAGCCAUAGCACCAGUCUCAUGGAGAGACUCUGAUUUCACCGCACCUAUUUAUACCGAGUAUCGAAACAAUGCACCCCCGUCUGAAGCAGAAACGCUCGUGAGCCCAACCGGAGGAAAGCUUGUGUCCGAUUCGGGUUACGGGAGCCAAACCAUUCGGAGCGUGGGCAACCCGUCAUCAGUGUAUAAUGGGGACGUCGACAACCCAGAGACGCAAAACAUCACACAGCAGUUUAGUCGCUAUGGUCUAAGCCAAGUCACGACCGAGGACAGGCCACGCCGCCGCGAUGCUCGAAGUCAACGGGCGGGCUCCACCACUUCGACUGCUAACAACCUCAGAUGUCUCGAUUGCCCACAGCUCACCUUCAAGACAAACUCGGAGCUCAGGAAGCACAAAGCACGGCACGAGAAGCCGUUCAAAUGCGAUAUGCCAGAUUGUCCCAAGGCAACCGAGGGAUUCAGUACUAACAACGACCUGGACCGCCACAGGGCGGGCGUCCACAGGAUCUACAAGAGUGAUGCACCUGUCUAUCAAUGUGUUAUCGACUCGUGCAAGGACAAGAACAAGACGUGGCCGAGGCCAGACAACUUCAGGCAGCAUCUGAAGCGAGUACAUCACAAGGAGAACAUGGACUUGUCCAACUUUUUGUAUCGGUGCGUUACCUUUGGCCGCCCGGAUAUCAGCGGUGCUUCCGUUGCCUCCGAGCACGCGCCUUCGGAAGCGGGAACACACUCUACCUAUGCUGGUCAACAUGCGUCAUGGAGCGGACUAGGACAUGGCCAGCCCGUGACGAGUCUCUCCCAUCAUGUGCCUGAUGAACCUGCGGUGAUCCAACCACAGCACCUGAUGUACCGCUCGUCAAUGAGCCAGCCAGAUUACUCUGCUCUCAUGAACGCCUCUGGAUUCCACAGCCACCAGAGCCAAACCGGACUGGAUGACCCACGUAUCCCCAUUGAGAUGGAUCUCCAAGGACUGAACAUUCCACAUGGAUUCCAGCAGCAGGUUGAGCCCCCGGUUCAGGAGCAAACCUUGGAGCAACCGGGACAUGUCUCUCCGGAUAUUCUAACCGGUGCCGGCAGCGGACUUUUGCCUUCGAUGGAUGAAGCGGGUGAGAUGCACGCCCACCCCGCCGAGGUGAUACAGAUAGACGAUGACACCAGCCCGGACAAUAUCAUGCAGGAAGAAGAAGAAGACGAUGAUGAUGAUGAAUUUGCGGAGCAGCAGCAGCAGCAGCAGCAGCCCAAAAAUGAACCUGUGACUUUAACUUCCAUCUCGCCAGAUCAGAUGACUCUGGAUUAUUCCAGAAGACAGUCGGCCGCCAUGGUGGGUGAUGAGGAAUCUGAAGCUGGGGAGGAGGACAAUGAAGUCACUGAACAACAGGACUCUAAUCUUGAAGAAGACGCCAGCCGGCUCCAGCUUCUUGCUGCUGCGACGCCAUCUCCCGAGCCUACUAUUACUACCACCACCACUACUACUACUACUACUACUGCCAUCGGGCAAUCACCGGGGCGUGUUGUCUCGAUAGAUUUGGGGGAUGUGGAGAACCUCAAGGCGACGUUGGAGAUGCUCAGGUCACGGGGGAUGCUGGAUAGGAUUGUCAAGGAGUUUGGGUAUCAAAAGUCGGAGGAGGUGGUGGUUCUUAACAACACGACGACGACAACGCCGUCUGCGCCGUCGUCUGUUGUUGCCGAGGUUACGAAGGAGGUCAAGUGCGAAAUUGAUGAUUGCAACAAGGUUUUUUCGAGGCCUUGCGAGCUUAAAAAACACCAAAAACGCCACGCGAAACCCUACGCCUGCACAUUUUCAAAUUGUGACAAGCGUUUUGGGAGCAAGAAUGACUGGAAGCGACACGAAAACAGCCAGCACUUUCAGCUGGAGAUUUGGCGGUGCACCGAGCAGGUUUUUUCUGCCGCUGCUGCUGGUGAGAGGGGUUAUGAAUGCGGCAAGGUUUGUCAUCGCAGGGAGAGCCUAAAGGGGCAUCUGGAACGGGAUCACCAGUUUCGCGACGAGGGGGAGAUUGAACGGAAGCUGAAUGAUUACCGACAUGGGAGGAACUUUGAGAGCAGGUUCUGGUGCGGGUUUUGCGUCAAAACUGUCGAGCCAAUCGGGGUCGGGGGGCCGGCGCACAGCGAGAGGUUUGAUCAUAUUGAUUGUCAUUUUAUGGGGAAGGGGGGGUUUGAGAAGGUUGAUAUUGGGAGUUGGAGGAGUUUGGAGAUGGUUGGGGAGCAGGAGGUUAGGGUUGGUGGUGGUGGUGGUGGGACGAAAAAGAGGGGGAGGGAGGAGGACGGGGGGGAUGUUGUUGUUGGGGGUGGGAGAAGUGGGAAGAGGUCGAGGGGGGGAAGGGGGAGGGGGGAGAUGUUGUGGACUUGUUGCAACUGCGGUGCAUUUUGGAACUUUGAGACGACGAACCAGUGUAUGGACACUUGCAGCCAUACGCAGUGUAGGAAUUGUCGGACGUUUGAGAAUGAGGCGACUAAUGAGGAGAUGAGUUUUGAUUAAGAAAGCAUUGCGAUUGGGAGGAAAGAUUUCUUUUACUCUUCUUUUGUUUGGGGGGGAGGGUAUCUCGGAUAGCACGCAUCUCAUCACUUUUUCGGAUGGCCAGUUUCUUUCUUUUUUUUUUCUUUUUUUUUUUCUUUUUUUU